CGGCCCUUCUCCUUGUCGCUGCUGCCGUUAAGUUCGUUGCAUCAUGCAGCCAUUCUCGCUCCUUCCUGCUCUGUGGCACACCCGAGAGACCUCCCUCCCCAAAGGUAGCAGGUUCAAAACUUUGGUACAGCCGCAGGUUAAACCUACACCUAUACAUAAAGACUUACUAGGUAACCCCCUUCCUAUUACCCUAGGGUCUGCACCAUGUGCCUAGUGCUGCUCCAGUGGUCCCUCUGCUGCUAUCUCCUGCCACUCCACCCAUGCACACCACUCACGCUUCUACCCAGCCGCUUACUGACUGCUCUACAGUUUCCUCCUUGCAGGUUGAGGGGAGGGGUGUGGGUGCCAACGCUGCCAUUCCCCCACACCCCUCCCCUGUGGCCGUGCAGGUGCAUGCACACGGGAAGGUGGGAGGAAUGCUGCCAUGAGCCUCAUCAAUGGGAGGAAUACUCCCCUGAGGGAGAGUAUCUGGGGUGGGGUUGGCCUCUCAUGGUAAGCCUCUUUUCACCAACCCCGCCUGCUGUUGCAAAUGAUUUCUGUCCACUGUCCUUCCAGUUCGUGCAUGCUCUGGCUUUCUUUUUAUCCCAAUCCUCCUACGGUAUUAACUUAUUUUCUGUCUGCUUCUCCUUCUGCCCCCACCAGAUCACUUGGCAUCAUUUGAAGACUGCAGCAGAGGAGGCUGAGCAGCAGACGCAGCAGCAGCAGAGGAAGCUGAGCAGCAGAAGCAGCAGCAGCAGAGGAAGCUGAGCAGCAGACGCAGCAGCAGCAGAGGAAGCUGAGCAGCAGAAGCAGCAGCAGCAGAAGCAGCAGCAGCAGUUGCAGCAGCAGCAGAAGCAGCAGUGGGGGGUGGGGGGUUAGCGGGCAGGCUAGGAGUAGGGGUGAGCGAGGUACGGUACCAGGUAAGGUAGCAGGUAUGGUUGUCUCACCCCCCCUGCUUCCUUCCUACAGUAUACGUGUCUGAAGCCUUGGAGCAAGGGCAGGAGAUUGGAGCAAGGGCAGGAGAUUGGAGCAAGGGCAGGAGAUUGGAGCAAGGGCAGGAGAUUGGAGCAAGGGCAGGAGAUUGGAGCAAGGGCAGGAGAUUGGAGCAAGGGCAGGAGAUUGGAGCAAGGGCAGGAGGAUGGAGCCCACCCUCUUUCACCAGCUCUCCUCUCUCCCUCCUUCCCUCCCCCCAGCAGCGUCUUGCCUCCAGGAAGGUGCAGCCCCCACCCUCACCUCCCCUCCCCCCUCCUUAACAGUUUGCAGCGUCAUAGUGCUCCAUUCGGCUAUGUCGUUCCUCAAGUACCAACACUGGCGUAUCGUAUAAUGGAACCGGCCAGAGCCGUGCGCGCCGGCUCUGGUUGGGAGUCCCCUCCUACGACGCUUUCGUACACGGGAUUUGAGUCUUGGGCCGCCCGUGCACUUUCCACUGCCACGUUCACACCACGAGGAGGGCGUCUACAACUACCACUGUAAGUUGAGUGAGAGGGAGAGGAGGGGGCUGAAACCAGUAGUGGGAGGUGAAGGAAGGGCGAAGGAGGGCGUCUACAACUACCACUGUAAGUUGAGUGAGAGGGAGACGGCCUGGAAUCCCCUGGAUGAGUGAAUCAAGAAAGAAUUGAGGUGGGCUGCCGCUACUACCAGGGUAAGGUGAGAAAGGGAGAGGCUGCAAAGCACAGGGUGAGUUCCAGUGAGAGGGGCAAAGGAGGGAGGCUGCAAGCACCAGUGAGGGGCUGCUGGCGCCGUGGUAAGUUGAGUGAGAGGGAGAGGAGGGAGCAGAAACCCCCAGGGCGAGUUGGUUGAGGGCUUAUGAGGGGAGCUGAGCCUCCUUGAGUGGGUGACGUGAGGGGCAAAGGAGGGGAGCCGAAACCCCUUGGGUGAGUGAAGAGAGUUGCGAAGGAGGGGAGCUAAACCCCUCGAGGGAGUCAAGUGAGGGGGUAGAUAAGGAGCAGUGGGCGCCUCAUAGUGGUGUGAGGUCAA